CUUUUAGCGUCGGCAGAACGAGACCGUCGCUCGUGUUAGUCGUGCUCGAUCGGUGGAACGGAAUUUCGUACGACGACGAGGAAUUAUUGCGUGCAUCCGCGAACGAUCGAUAGACGAUAGUAAAUGAUCGUCAGCGAGGAUUGAGACGAAUUCGACUUUCAUGGAGUUUGCUUUCGGUGGAACCGGCGGAAUGUUGGAUCGCGUCAGCGCCAACUUUGUAAGAUGGACAGCGUUCGUACUUUGCCUAUUAUCGACAGUUUCUGGUCAAUUGGAUUUGCCGCCGUACAGAGGCGAUGAUACUAGCCGACAGAUACCACCGUACAGGGGCAAUGAUGCUGACCGACAGUUGCCGUCGUACAGGGACAACGACGUUGGCCGACAAAUACCAUCGUACAGGGACGAAGAUAUUGGCCGACCGAUACCAUCGUACAGGGACGAUGAUGUUGGCCGACCAUUGCCACCAAACGAAAUAAAUUAUCAGAAUAUCUUAGCUAGAUUAGACUUCCUGGGCGCAGAGAGGUGUAGUGCCAAUGUGAUAGCUCAGUGGGCAUACGAAACCAACGUCAACGAGUACACGCAGCUGCAAGCGCUGGAUGCCCAACGCUUGUACGCGGACUUCCAAUACCAAGCGUGGCUUUUAAUCUCCAGAAUCGACCUAAAUUCUAUCCGAGAUCCUAUCAUCAGGCGACGUCUUCGUUAUUUGUCCGCAGUGGGCCCUUCGGCACUGCCACCUGAUCAAUUGGACAGGUACAAUCGCCUGAUCAACGACAUGCUUGCGAUUUAUAACGCGGCGACCAUAUGCGCUUACAACGAUCCGUUCCGGUGCGGGCUGCGUUUAUAUCCAGAUGUAUCGCAAAUCAUGGCGAAAAGUCGGGACUGGGACGAACUGCAGUACGUCUGGACCGAGUGGAGAAGACGAAGCGGCAGGCCGAUUAGGGAUUUGUACAUACAGCUCGUUACGCUGACCAAUGAUGCUGCAAGAAUGAAUAACUUUACUGAUGCCGCCGACUAUUGGAUGUUCCCUUACGAGUCUCCUAAUUUCCAACAGGACGUUGACGAGGCUUGGGAAUCGAUACGUCCGCUUUAUGAAGAACUGCACGCUUAUGUUCGCAGAAAGCUGAGAGAUCUCUACGGUCCUGAAAAAAUUGGCGGACACUCGCCUCUUCCGUCUCACAUCCUUGGUAACAUAUGGGGACAGUCUUGGACCAAUCUUUUGGAUGUUACUUUGCCAUAUCCCGGGAAAACAUAUCCUGACGUUACGCGUGAAAUGCAGGCUCAAGGCUAUACACCCAUUGACAUGAUUCGGGUGGCCGAGGAAUUCUAUCUGUCCUUAAACUUGAGCGCAAUGCCGCCGGAAUUCUGGGCUGGAAGCAUAGUCGCUGAUCCUGGCGACCGUCCAUUAAUCUGCCAGGCGUCCGCAUGGGAUUUUUGCAAUCGCAUAGACUACAGAAUCAAAAUGUGUACCAAGGUGACGAUGAAGGAUUUAAUAACUUUGCAUCACGAAAUGGGACACAUUCAAUACUUCUUGCGGUACAGCGGUCUACCUCGCGAAUUCCGUGACGGCGCUAAUCCAGGCUUCCACGAGGCAGUCGGCGAAGCUGUCGCCUUGAGCGUCGCGACGCCGCAGCAUCUGCAAACUCUGGGCCUGGCAAACACGUUCAUCGACGAGCGAUCCGCGGACAUCAACUACCUCUUCUCCUUGGCGAUGGAUAAACUAGUGCUACUGCCCUUCAGCAUCGCGAUGGACAGGUGGCGAUGGGAUGUCUUCCGCGGCUUCAUCAACAAGGAGGAGUACAAUUGUCACUGGCACAGGCUGAUUGAGCAGUACACGGGCACGAAGCCGCCGGUCCUGCGAUCCGAGGACGACUUCGAUCCAGGCGCGAAAUAUCACAUCCCAGCCAAUAUCCCCUACAUACGGAAUUUCGUGGCCGGAGUCCUCCAGUUCCAGCUGUAUCGCGCGCUGUGCCAGGCUGCGGGACAGAGGUCCGAAGUCGACAACCCGAGGAGGCCGCUGCACAGAUGCGACUUCUACAGAAGCCCCGCGUCCGGCAGGAUCUUGGGGAGAUUGAUGGAGAGGGGCUCGUCCAUCCCGUGGCAGGAAACGUUGCGGGAAGCUACCGGCGAGUUCAGAUUAGACGGAUCCGCUCUUAGGGAGUACUUCCGGCCAUUAGAGGACUGGUUGAGAACCGAGAAUUUGAGAACGGGCGAAGUAGUCGGCUGGUCAUACGAUGGAGACUUUUGUAAGAGGAGCAUAGAGACCGCGGGCCUGCAGGUUUACGGCAGUGGCUUGUACUACAAUAGCGGCACAUCCGUCUCCGCAUCUUGGAUCGCGUCAGGAAUUAUGAUGACUCUUUGGAUUUUAUCAACGGUCUAUUGAACGCAACGAUUCAAUAAGUAGCCGAUUCAUCAUCGAGCACCGAUGACAAUAAAUUAAGAGGGAGAGUUCGUUACACCGUUAAUCUGCCAAAAUACACCAAAUCAUAUUCCUGUAAGAUCGCCGGAUAAAUCUUAAAACACAGAAAUAGUUAAAUUAUUCAAUCGAAUAUUUCGGGUUGAUAUUUUACAGUAAUAACGAUUGUUACUGCCAAGUAUGCUAAAGUACACUCUUGUCAAGCGUCAAGCUGCGUGCUUGAUGUGAUGUAAAAAGGUCACACUGUCAAUUUACGAACUUACUAUUACGUAUAAUUGUAAUACUAUUAAUAUAUAUGUUUAUAUUAUAUAUGUCAUGUUAAUAAUAUUGUACGCAGUAUUACAAUUAAGAGUAUAAAGCGUGCCUGAAAACGUCGUGUGUGUCGUGCGUGGGUGUAAGUGCAUAAAUCAUUUCAUAUACUCGAACUUGGCUCAUGAUUCACACCUUUUAACUGUAUUAACCUUACUGUUGGUUGAUCAAAUAAACUUAUGCAUAUUGUUGUAAAAAAACGCGCCGGGAUUUUUUGCCGUAGCGCUCGAUUGUCCGUUAUUACGUCACCCUCACCGAACAGUUUCAUUUUCUAAGCAUCUGGUUCUCUGUACGCUCCGGUUCUUCUAACGGGAUUGCAAAAUCGAGGCUCGGGCGUCCUAUACACGACGUUAUUUUUUUAUCACUCGGCGAGUAAGCGGGUAGAAUUUUUUUUUUCUUCAGCCCGCAACAAAGAGAGCUCGUUAAACGGCACGUUUAGUUUCGCGUCGACGUACGGAGGGCUGGAGGGAGGAUAUUUUAUAUUUUAUAUUCGAGAAAGAAAGAGGAUUCUCCUCCAUUGGCACGCACAAAAGCUGUUCGACGACAAAAGCCACGCCAGGACGGCUCCCUUAUCUUGCGUAAUUGAAAGCCGGCGAAAUCGUACCAGGUGAAAUCGCGCUUUUACUGUCAAAUUACCGGUAAACUUAAUCGGACCGCCUCGUCUCUUGCCACUUUAUUGCAUCUUUUACCGCCGCCAUUAGAUCGUUCGAAUAUUCUUCUUAACAUUCCCCGCGUAUCAUGCGCAUUUUCGUUCGUUUCAACAUUAGCAGAUCGUAAAUGCGGAUAACGAUUUCCGAGACGAUCUCUAUAAAUAGCAUAUGAACGUGGAAUUACAGCGUUAAUCCAUUCAACCGCAUUCUUUUAAAUUACGGCAAAUGAUAUAUCGGUGAGGUACUACAGAUUUUAUAAUACUGCAUGUUUAAAUUAUCAAUUAGCCGUAAAAGUCUCGGUAGUAAACGUUGAUAGGGAAUUCCAAUUACAGCUGUAGUAUUAUGCAUGAUUCAAAUGUGUAAUGUAGCAAACACAAAAGGAAAACGACUUCUUAGGACUUAAUAAAUUUGAUUGUACUCAAAUUUAUUUUAAAUGGUCCAAACAAACUAAUGUUUAAAUCAAUCUGAUUAAUAAUAGUGUUAUUUUUGUCAAAUAAUAUAUAUUUUAAUGAAACAAUUUCCAGUCAAAUAAAUUGGGAUACUAAUUCCAAAGAAAUCUUUUUCUCUCUGCAGACGCUCAAUGUUUCGUAAAAACAGUAGCUUUUCGAUUAGAAACGUAAAAUUAGAGACGCGAAUAUUAAGCUUAGAAAAUCACACGCAACAAUGGGAGCUCUUAUUAAAUCCUUUUGUUUUACGACCGCUCUCUCGUUUGAUUUUUGCAGCGCACGCCGACGAGAGCGUAGGACGUCAGCUUUCAAGCGAAAGAGAGGCCAUUAUUGUUUGCAAUGACACGCCACUGAAACGUACGUGUAAUUGCACAAAGGUGGUCCCUGUCCAGAAAACUGGUCCGCCCGCCUUGCGUAACGCGAAGACGCGGAAAUCGACUGCGUCGGGCAAAAAGAAACGCUUGCAUCACGCCUGCACGUCGAAUGUGCAACGUGCAUGCAUUUCUCCGCGCGCGCGGCCGGAAAUAUUUCUGAUCUUAUCAUUUCACGCGGCGGACCCGCGGCGCACCAUCUUACGCAUAAUACUCGCCGACGACAACGAAAGCGGAAUAUUCGAUACCGAUCGCGCGAGCCUGGUAUCCUCUGACAUGGCAUAGAUUAAUUUCCCGCAUUUUCGCGUACAAUCAACUUGUCGAAUUAACGACGUGGCGCGCAAUUAUUCCCCCCCUCUUUGCGUAAUCGAGAAAUAAUUUACGCCGCGAGCCAGUUUGCUUCCUGUCGCGGAGGAGAUUCUAUCAACCGAAACGACGCGGAUAUGCGAGUUUAAUUCAUUCCGAGAUAGCUUCGAAUCAUAGAAAUUGAUGAAAGCCAUAAAAAGGUUCUAGAGACCUGACUAUUCCAAAUUGAUCUAUUCCAUUACAGAAUUGCAGAUCGACAAUUCUAAAUUUAUAUCCUGAAAUUGUUUUGAAAUUUAUAACGUACGUAAGAAAUUACUUCACACGAGCAGACGGUAUUUGUUACGUUCGCGAUUCGUAUUCCACACUCGAUGCUUAUCCGCCGGUAUUAAUCUGAACGUAAGAAGUCAAGUUGAUUGUCAGGAAUACACAAUAUAUUCCUUCGUUACUCUUCAGACAUAGGCGUCACUUUACCAAGAUGCGCAUGGACUCCUAAUUUUAUUUACGAAAUUGCUCUCCCGUCGGUCAAAAACACGAUCGGCUGUUAUAUAAAUGUUAUUACACUGCAGUCUUCGAGGAGUAA